AUGCAGUCCCGCCCAACCAACCCCCCAUCGUCUCGUUCGCGCUUCCUACUGAUGGAUGAACUUGCUCCCCUUCAAGCCAGCGACUCUGCUCAUUUCAGAUCCGAGGGCCGGUCUCACAUCUCAGAUACAGAUAGUGCUUAUGGGAGUCGGGAGACCAGUCCGAUUAUCAGCCGAGCUCUUGAACUGCCCAUCGACAACAAUUCCCCCAAGAUUGAAGAAUCUUCUCUUGCUCCUAGUCACGCCCGGCAACAUACCUGGAACUCAUGUUUCAAACCCAAGGUUCGUAUCAACUCCACCCACGACGAACCAUACAAGGAGGACCUUCGCGAUAGCGAGCCGCUAGAGAGUGAUAUUAGAAAACUGCCAUUCUACGGGGUCAUAGGACACGGUCGAUCAUGUGCCUCUAUGCCGGCGAUGGCCACAUCAGCGUGCGUGCAUGAACGGGUAUCUUCCGACGCCAAACCCCUUCCGACCAAUACAACCCUUUCGUCCACUGGCAACGGCCCAAUAUACCGAUGGCAGCCUCAGAGAAAGAGAGAAUCGCCUUUGUUCUGGUUCCAAGAUGUCACCCAUAUCUGGCAACUGCCUGGGCGUGGCUGGAGAAGUAGCAGGGAAGCGGAGCUGGAUAACUCGAACAAGAUUGGUAGUACGAGCUUAGAGGAUGAGGAUAAGUAG